UUUUUAAUUCAUAAAGAAACAUAGAUAUUAAUUUCAGUCUGUUUCAUAACUUGCUAAAAACUCCUCAUAGGAGCUUUAAAGCCACUUCCCUUUAUCCCUAUUACACAGUGAUGUAGUGAGCUGUCAGCCUCCUGACGAAUAUGUAAAGUAAGACAAUCCAGGCGUUUCCUUUAUUGGAGCUCUAUAGCCUGCACACUGUGUGAGUUUAGCUGCUCGUUGUUACAGGAAACAGUGAUUGACGCCACUUGACCAAAUUAGCGCAUCCUGUGGUCUGACAGGGUCCAUACGUAAGAGGGAUCGAGCAUGACUGUCAAGCUUCUCCCACAGGGCCAACACACACACCCACACACACACACACACACACACACACACACACACACACACACACACACACACACACACACACACACAAUCUCUCUUUACCGGGACAUUAAGGCGUCCUCUCUCUCUCUCUCUCUCUCUCUCUCUCUCUGGGUUGUGGGAUGUUCAGAUGAGCUCGCGCACUGGAGUCACCACCAUUACAUCAUCUAUUCCCACACAACCGAGGCACCAGAUUAUUAUUUUCUUGUAACCGGGAUCCCGAUCGUUUGGCCCGAGCAGCAGACAGAUAGACGCUCUGCAUAACGGACGCGGAGGGGAUUAUAAAAAACAACAACAACAACAACAACAACAACAACAUCAACAACACAACCAUGUCUGGCGGGGUGAUGGCGUUUCAAUGAGCGCGCGGGAGAGGAGGGGGGAGAGGAGGAUAGACGUGCACCGCCAUCAGCAUCUGUGUGCCAGCUCCCUUUGUGUUCACCGGAGAAUGUGAAUGGCGAAAGAUGACAUGGCAGAGGUAGAUUUGGCAUCAAACGGAGCGGAACCCCCCGGUGAGGCCUCUUCGGUGUUCCCCUACGAGGAGUACGAAUGCAAAAUCUGCUACAAUUAUUUCGACCUAGACCGUCGGGCUCCUAAGAUCCUCGAGUGCCUGCACACGUUUUGUGAGGAGUGUCUGAACACGCUGCACCUCCGGGAGGAGCGGCCAUGGCGCAUCAGCUGCCCCGUCUGCCGCCACCGGACUCCGGUGCCGGAUUAUCGGAUACAAAACCUGCCCAACAACACAAAGGUGACGGAGGAUUUUCCGCUCUACAUCGACUCGGAUCCUCUGCCUCAGGAUGCUUUACCUCCGUACCCUCCCCCGCUGCACCCAGCCCUCGUCGCCCUCCGCCGGGAGGAGGCGUCGGGGACGUCCAGCGCCAGCCAGGCGACCCCGUCCACCACAGUGUCCACGGCCACGACCCUCUCCCAGGACUCUGUGCGCUACGACAGCUGUCAGAGCUGCAAGAGAGUGGCUCUGACCACCGGCUGCGUGUGCGUGAUCUUCUCCUUCCUGUCCAUGCUGGUGCUGCUGUUCAUGGGCCUGAUCUUUGUGCACAGUCACAGCAUCCCCCCCUCGCCGGCGGGACCCAUUUGCUUGUCGGUAGCCAGCAUCCUGGCCAUGUUCUCGGUGGUCGUCACAUGGCUCAUCUGCUGGCUCAAAUACAGACCGGACCAUGAGACAGGACGCUCCUCCGCCACCAGCAACUCCCGGAGAAACGCCUGACAGGCUGCCGGCUGCAGUGAUGGAGAUGUGUGAUCACAUUGGCAGGAUAAUACUGACACCUGAAGCUCCUGCUCCCUUUACUUUUUCUAGGAACAAAUCUCGUCCAAAAUGGCCUUUUUAUCAGUAUAGCAAACACCCAAAGGCCUUCAUGUUGUUUGGAGCAAUAGGCCGACAUGAUCCUUGAGAAUCUUUUCCUUAACUUGUGCACUUGAAUCCACAGUAGGCCCAGUUGACCGGGUAGGCUAUCUUGAUGGGUGAACUGGUGUAAGACUUGGACUUGGUGUUGGUCUGAGCUGAGGUUGGUGUGAUGAAGACUGAAUGUGAAGUGCUUAUUUCCAGGGUUUGAUAUCCUCCCCAUGACACCCUGAUAAAUGAUAUGCAUAUCCCACAAUGCCACUCACUGUAUGAUAACGGUCCAUGAUGAUUCACUCUUAUAUCUCAACAUAGCACUGUUGUAUUGUAAAGAUAUUCUCUGGGUAUUCAAGGGAUGGAUUCUGGUUUAUAAGGAGGCGUUUAGUGUAUUUGAGAAGCCUUGAAAGGUGUAAUUCUGCUACAAAGAAGUCGUACCAACAAUCCAAACUGUAAAUAAUCCACGGGGAAGUUGUGAGUGCUUCUUCUGGAUUGGUGAACUCUAAUCCUUGUGCUCUAAUUCCUCCUCCAGGAUGGCACUGCUUCCUUUCUCAACAUGAAAGCUGCACCUUUUCCAGGAAUCAAAGAGAUAGUUGGGAUUUCGAUCCUGUUUUUAUUUUGUUUUGUGGCUACUUCUGUGCAUGUGAGGCUCAAGAAAGGUCAAAGCUUUGUGUUUUUACCUUUUUUACAGAGGGGGCACGGCGUUUUCUGACACGUAAGCCUCGUCUUGUUGAAGCAAGACUUCCCUGCAUGGGCCUCCUGCAGACACACAGACGGCAUCCAGCCGAAGUGUCGGCAGGGAGUUCCUCUCCCUGUCACAUCAUUCACACGUCAGAAGUUAAAAACAGGGUUUCCCAUCAGCUGGAGCUGCCUCUCAUCCCACGUUAGCACCUUUUUUUAUUCACCAUAAAUGUGGGUCAUUAGAUCAGGCUUUUAAAAGAGGUCAGAGUAGAUAACAGUGAUGAAGACGUGUGUGUUAAACAGGUCUAAUCCAGGCUAAAAGCCAACAUCAGCUGCUGCCAUGUUGCAGGUUUAUUCUUCUUUUAGCCACACAGGAUAUCUGUUUCAACGUUUCAGAGGAUGUAUUUGGUGUCGUCAGAGAUUGUCAGGAGUCAUAAUGACCUCUGGAAACUUAAAGAGCUGAGCUGUGUGGCUGAAAACACCAAGAGGCAUAUAAACCUGCAGUAUACGAGCUGAGGACGUUUGUGUGCAGCCCUGCACUUACAAAAUGCAAAAACAAACGUUCCCUCAAACUUUAAACUGUAAAGAAUUCGGUUCACAUGAGAUUUCCCCUCAAUAAUAAACUGUCUGCAGAAACAUCGAACAAAAUAAGAAACUCAGUCGGUGAAAU